AUGAGUUUUACCGACUACCGAUUAGUGCGCGCUAAGAGCGCUGUUGUUCUUCCUCGCUCUUCAUCGCUCGAAAGAAGCCCAUCGCGACUUCUAGUAACUCGCAGUCGCUCACUUAACGAUCUUAGCGGAUACAAUCGUUGGAGCGACAGAUACAAGCCAAAUACCGUUGUGUAUCAGCAUACACCAUACCCAUACAGAUGGCGUCAUGAUUGGUACGACGAUUACUGGUACGAUCGCCACUAUUACUUCUCACCGCUCUACAAUUCCUAUAUCUCGCCAUAUAAGCGAUAUUAUUACUACAGUGAUCUCCUAUCUAAUCCAUAUUAUUGGAGUCCAUACUCAAAUUACUGGACUCGUUACAAUGGUAACUGGUACGACUAUGACAGUCCUUACUCUUACCACCGUUACUGGGACCCGUCUUACAGCCGAUAUGUCGGCGAAACGUACUACCCGUACAGAUCCUACCUACUGGAUUCGCUGUCAACAUCUCUUGACCGUGGUUUGAGCAUGUAUAAAGCAGGCCUUGUACCCUACCGAACGCUUGAAACUUAUUGGCUGACUCCUGAAUACUGGAAUAGACGAUUCAAAGACUGGCAAGAACUUUAUUCACCCGCCAAGGACUUCUACGUGCCGACAACUUACGACCGAAAGACUCGUUCAUAUCUUGCUAGCUGGACUAAAUGACUGCUGUUUUUUUUUUCAACUCCUUCUCGUGCAUUUUCUUCUCUUAUUCGACUGACGUUAGCGAUUGUGGCAUUACAUCGGACCAUGUUCACAGAACAGAUUUUAGCAGC